UGUCGUUGCUGUUUGUUUUCAGUUUGGAUUUUAUAUGACUAAGGUCCGUUACGACCCAGGUGUUUGAUAGGUUUGCAUGUGAAAAUGUCGAGCCGUGCGCUGCGAAGACUAAAGGGAAAACAACGUGGGCAGGAGGAAUUAAACAUUGGAGAUCUGAAACUCAGCAAUGAUCAUGGACAUGCUGAGGAACCUGAAGAGGAGGCCGAGGUCCAAGACGAAGCUGUUUUACAACCAGUUAAGAAGAGCAACCGCAAAACAAAGAAGAAAAAAUCUCAGACGAACAUUAGUAAUAUUUAUGAACUGAUCGGUGAAGCAGACAGCGAUGCCGAGAAGCCUGCAGCUGAGGAGGAGAUUGCUGUGCUACCAGAAGACUUUGACGGUCAUGAUGGGAAGAAUGGAAACCUCGAAUCUCAAAAACAAGUUCCCCAACAAGAGGCUGGAGUUGGAAAAGAUUGUAGUGAGAAAGUGAAUAACAAGCGGAAGAAGAAGAAAAAGAAGAAAAAGGCCUCUGGUGGAGAGGCACCAGAGGAGGAUGCAGGUGAUGACAUCGACGCUCUGUUGGAGUCCAUUGAGAAAACCAACGGUCUGUCUCACCAGAGUGAGGACUUGGGGAACUCAGAUAACAGGCCUGUGUUGUAUGUGGAGCACCGGAAUCUGAAUCCUGAGACGGAAUUGAAGAGGUAUUUUGGAGCUCGAGCAGUCCUGGGAGAUCAAAGGCCCAGACAAAGACAGCGUCAGUUUCACCGCAGCACAUGGAUGACUGUUCCCAAAGAUACAUGGCCACGCUUUAGUCGACCAGGUGUCUCUAUGAGUCUACUGGAGUCCAAAGACAGUCUUCAGUAUUUUACCUUUGAGCACAAUCGUGAUUAUCAGCAGGUCCAGUUCAAAUUUUUGGAUGCUGUGGAGUCCAUGGAUCCCAAUAACAUUGUGGUGCUGCUGCAGCUGAAUCCAUAUCACAUAGACUCACUGCUACAGCUCUCAGAUGUUUGCCGUAUUCAAGAGGACCAGGAGAUGGCCAGGGACCUGAUUGAGAGGGCCCUGUAUAGCUUCGAAUGUGCAUUCCACCCUGUCUUCAGCCUAACGUCAGGCAUCUGCCGACUUGACUACUUGAGACCAGAGAACAGAGCUUUUUAUUUGGCUCUCUACAAACAUAUGAUGUUCUUAGAGAAGAGAGGCUGCCCUCGCACUGCUCUGGAGUACUGCAAACUCAUCCUCAGUCUGGACCCUGAUAAUGACCCACUGUGCAUGCUGCUGAUGGUGGAUUUCCUGUGCCUGCGUUGUCGAGAGUACACCUGCCUCAUCAGGCUAUAUGAAGAGUGGGAGGUCCAUCGGAAUCUGUCCCAGCUCCCAAACUUUGCUUUCUCAGUGGCCCUGUCCCACUACCACUUGAGUCAGCAGGAGGACAGCACCGCUGAGGAGAGCCAACGCACGAAACAGAAAUCUGACCUACUUUUACAGAAUGCUCUCAUCAUGUUCCCUGGCGUUUUGAUGCCCCUUUUGGAUCUCUGCACAGUGCAGCCAGACACUGCAGUCUCAUCACAUGCUUUCUUUGGACCUAAAUGCCAACUGGGGCAGCCCCCGGCUCUGACUGAGCUGGUGGCUUUGUAUGUGGGGCGCUGUCACAGUCUGUGGAGAGAGGCAGGAGUGAUGCUCUGGCUGGAGGGUAAUGUGAGGGAGGUGCUUCGGAGGGUGGACUCGCAAGACCCGCUUGUGGAGGACUCAGAAAACAAGAGGAAGCAGAGAUACCAGAGUGCUCCGAGGAACAUCCACCGGCAUGUUCUGCUGUCGGAGAUUAAGGAGGCCACAUCUACGCUGCCACUUGAAGUGACAACCCAACCAGUCAUGGGUUUUGAUCCCCUCCCACCCCUGGACUCUGUGGUCUCCUACACAAGACCAGAGAGGCAGAAUGCUGCAGCUUCUAAUGAGAGCCCAUUAUCCCUCUUCUUCCGUUCACUGCUGCCAAACUUCAACCUACAGGGUGGUCCAAGGCCUGAGGAGGACAUGGGAGUGGCUCGCGCUGGCCGGGAGUUGAACCAAGAAGUGAAUCGUCUGAUGGUAGCCAUGAGAGACAUGCUAGCAAACAUCCAAUUUCAGGAGCCUCCGAGAGAGGACAACCCCGACAGAGAUGAGGAAGAGUGGGACUGAGAAACUGGCGGAGAAGAGCGGAGAUGUUAAAAGAGGAUGGUGGAGAAGAGUGGAGAUGUUAAAAAAGGAUGGCGGAGAUGAAAGUUGGAUGUCGCUGAAAGUGAAGAGAGGGUUGAGAAUGACAAAGAUAAUAGAGGAGGGUGGAACUGACAGUUUUAUUUCAUUGUUUGUUUGUUUUUUUUUCCUCUGAUGACAAAUGAAACCUCUACAUAUACUCUUACAACACUCUCUUCCUUCACCCAGACCUCUCUCAUCCUCAACCUGCUUCUCUCACAUACCACAGUCUCCUUAUGAUCUCUUGUUGAUCUCCAUCCGCAGGUAUUUGCCAAGCAAAAAGAAAAAAAAACCCAAAACAAUUGCAUACAUACAUGAAUGAAUAAAUAAAUCAGCUUCUCUUAAAUAAAACCUCUUGAAUAGGAGUGUUAAUUAGGAUAAAUGUUUUUUUUGGGCAGCUGAAGGGUUUCUCUCAUUCAUUCCAGUGUUGCUCUGAUUUUCAUUGCCUCCUCCUGUCUCAAGGUGAAUUUGUGAAACUGGAUUGUCACUACAUUCAAAAUUAGGUAAACUUCAAAAGCCAAUAGAUUAUGUGCAGACAAGAUCAGUGGCGGGGAUAGAAGAUAAUGUUUCUAAAUAUAAAUUGCACCUUACAGUAGAGGAAGCUUUUCUUUUUUUGUAACUGUCCUCUCCCAAUGACUGUUUCAGAGAUGGAAACGCAGUCAGACUUGAAAUGAGAUGGUUGAAUGUUUUUGCUGUUGUGCUGUUAUCAGUAGGCAUAUUGUGUCUUGAACAGCUUCUGAAGGGAGAUGUUGGUGUUAAGGCAAUUUUCAAGUUUUCAUUCAAAUCGCACAUGAUACA